AUGACACGUAAACAAGCCGUCAAAGUGAUCCCUUCAGGGGUAAUUUGUCAUUGAUCUUCUCUCAAGACGAGUUCUGAAGGAUUUCAUCUCUCUAUUCUCGCCAAAUCUGAUGGAAGUUGGUUUGAGAGGCAAUUCUGGAAUGAUAUUUUAUUUCAGCUUCAAAAAGGGACCGACUACGGAGCUUUGUUAAUUCGAGUUUCUGCCGGAUUCGUGAUCAUCGUGUCCUUGUCGUUGAUUCUGUUGGUAGUUGCAAAUAUGAUCUACACCAGUUUGACCGACCGCGUCGAAAUAAAGACCAAGGUUGUAAAUCUUCUUUUGCCAAACCAGUUCUUUUUCGUUUCACAGUUGAUCUUUUGCAGAAGUCACGUUAAGAGCGUUCCCAAUUUCUUCUUCUAUGUUUCGGAGGUUGUUGAUGAACUCGAACAAAAGAACUUUGGUUCUUGAUUUGCAGGGCAAGAAGAAAUUCCAAUAAGAAAAACGAAUCCAUUCAUAUCCACGUUAUCUUUCGACGAAGAAGAGGUUCAUUUUUUUCAAUGUUUCUGUGCGUUUUUUGUGUGAUUCUCUAGACUCAGGACAAUUUUAAGAAUAUUUUACAAUGAAUAAUUUUUUUUUGAGUGUUGCUUUUUGUUUUGAAUGUUCACUCCGAUCAGAUAUACUUGUUUCCGCACAAAUAGCACCUGGACAAGAUUUUUUAGGGACCAAAAAAAGUUUGAAAGUUUUUUUUUUUUUUUCAAUUUAAUUCCACCUGUAAACUAUUUAUAGAAAAUUGCAUUUUUUUUUACCUUUCUGUUUUGAAAAAUGAUUAUAAGCUUCCUUUUUAAUGAUAGUUUCUCGAAUAUCUUUUUAUUUUUGAUUCAAAUUGAGGGUAAUUUCAGAAAUCUCCAUUUUGGCUCGAAAAAUUGAUUUUCAAAUCGCAUGGAAAAAUUGUUUCAAGGCUAUUUUUCUUUGCGCUACGAAAUGUUUAACAAGUUCCAUUAUUUUUAAUUUUUUUCUCAGCUUCUCGAUAUAAUUGUUUAUCAGUUGAGUUUCCCAUUGAUUAGCCUUGAACGUAGUCUGAAAUCAUCGGUCAAUGGCUUUUUAUCUUUCACUGGAACAAACACGAAACUGAUGGUAUUUGGUUUUCUGAAACGAACACUUUCGCGAAUAAAAGCCUGAGAUUCCGGACGUCGUUUCAUGACAGAUACUGCAGGCGUCUUUAUCGGAGGCCAGUGGAACUUUUUGCUGAUAGGCCAGGCCCCUUUUGGGCCGCUAUCGCUUCCAUUUAUGGCUUUUCUCUUGGUCGGUAGGACAUUUCCCAUCAAAAUACUUGGUUUUUGUCACAUUUCUUGGUGGAAUUCGAAGAUAAAACAAGCUUCUCAUAGGUUUUCCUUUUUCUCAGUUUAAUGAAGUUACAGAAGAUUGCAUCAUUAUAAAAAAUUUAAAUUCUUGUAAAAUUUAAAAAUUUUGAAACAGAGAUCUCUCUUAUGCCGUGGGAUCCGCGAAAUGCAGCAAAGUUUUCUCUGACUCUCCAAAAUUUAGUGAUCUUUAUUUUUCUCUGACGGCUAUUUUGAUGAAUCACGCUGAACAGAGAAUUAUGUUUUCAGUAACAACAUGCAAAAAAAAUUUGCAAAAAAUUUACAUUGCUGUUUCUCCCUUCAUUAAAUACAACAAAGGAUACAUUUUUGUUCAAUAGUUUUUGAGACACCUCAUCCACAGUGUAUUUUGAAGUUAAGCAAAAUCUUCAGAAGUUUGAAUUUUGAAAGUUUCUCAUAAGGCUGAUCGUAAUUAUAAACUUGGAAAAACAGGAACAUAUAUCCAAAAAAAGGCUAGAAUCUAAUUUUGAAGAAGAAAAAUAAUUUUUUUGGGCUAUUUUUUGGUAAUUCCUCGUUGAUAAUCGUACCAUAAUGAUUCUUCAUGCAACCUUUUGAAGCUGCAAAAAAAUCAUAAACUAUCUUUUAUUGGCUUUUGGGAAAAUCGAUCGAAAGUUUGAAAGGUCGCGUUUUCUCGCUUUCGAAUAAUCUCUAUCUCAGUUUUUCAUCGCCAAAAAAAAAACGCACUUUUCCGCGAUUUUUCUAGCAGAUCUUCUUGAUUUCCUUUCUCCGUUGCCAUUUUUUUCAAAUACCAACUUUUUCACUUCUCCCUGUCACAAGGAUAGCAACAAAAAAGAAAGUUCGAUGAAAAAUCGGAAGGAAAAUCCGGUUAUGUAUUAUUUUUACUCCGACUUUGUCAGAUUCUUCUUCCUUCGCGUGUUUCUUCCCCUUUUUCAAUUUUUGAUGUAUUAGAAAUUGUUCUCAAUGCAUUAAAGAACCAGGAAAGAUUAGCAGAGAAGGCCAACAAAGGCUUUUUUUAGAAAAAGUACUUGGUUAUCACUUUUCCAUCAUCCAUACUUGUUAUUAUUAUUUUUUUUCUGAUGAUGAAGACUUCUUUUUUAUGAAUUUUACGUUUAUAUAUAUAAUUUCCCUUCCUGGGAAUUUCAGAAAUAGGUUGAGGAAAUUUAAAAGUUCUAGCAUAUUUACCAAAUUUUUUUCAGAGUUUCAGUCUUGUCAAUAUAUAAUUUUUUUAACUGGUUUAUUUUUCUUUUUCAAUACAUAGGAGGUCUCAAACUGUUUUUGAUCUUGUAAGAGGUAAUUUUUAAAAAUCCUGAGACUCUGGACUUUUUGAUUCGUUAUCUAUUUUGGUGGAAAGGUUCUCAUGCACAGAAAAAAAGAAGUGCAUUUUUUUGAUUUCUAAGUUUUUUUUUCUUUUAAUUUUAUCAUUGGAAACGUAAAGAAAAAUUAACUUCAAUCUGAGCUUUUCAAAAAUCGAAAUAUUAUAACACAGUUCCCAAAGAAAGAAAAUAUAGAAGCUUUUGGUCAGAUUUUUCCGCAUUCCAUUCAAUUUUCCCUCUUCUUGUUAGUUAAUAUUCCCAUAUUCAUAUCAGAAAAGCAGCGGAAGAGGAGAAAAAAAAAGGCGGAAAGCCCUUUUCUUGGAAGGAAAUAUUUGCAGGCUCGCGUGUUCCCCGAAAAGGCGCGUCUCUCUUUUUUCCCCUCUACCUUCACAGGACGGGAAAUUUUGUCCCUUUUUCCUCCGUUCCCAGUGUUCUUUCGAUGCAUAAUAUUAGUUCUGGGAAUUCUGGACAGAGUGAUGAUUCAAAGAGAACUUUUAUUAGUUCCGGAUUUUUUCAGGGAUAUAACGGGAACGGAGAGGAAAUUAGCUGUCCUUUAGAAGUGUGACUUUUCCCGUUUUUUUUUUCGUUCAAUUUUAGAAUUUCUAGUUCCGUUUGAGAUUAGGAAUCGUUUUUUUUUUUGUAGAAAUAAAAACAAUCUAUUUAGCAAUUUAAUGAAAAUUGAUUUUUUUUUUUUCAAAUUCAGUUGUAAGAAAUUUGGUCUUUUUUCUCAAUAUAUCAGAUUUAGAUUUUCCAUUCAGCUUUAAGUAAUAUUAGAUCUGAACUUAAAAAAUCAUUUUACGUUUAGUGGCCAUUUUAGUAGUGGAAUUAAUGACCACUUAAGUGGCUAAAAGUUGAAGCCUCUUCAAAAGUCCCACUGGUAGUACUAGACCAUCAAAACUACUAUAGUAACCACUAAGGCUCAAAAUAGCUUCUACAGAGGUGGUUUGAGUGGCCACUUUAGUGUCUUCUUCAGGUUGAGGAACCUCUUAAGUGGCCACUAGGGCUUUUUCUGGAACUUAUCCAUUUCAUAUACGUUCAGCUGCAUACAACCGCUCAAAAACCCAUUGAAAGAGAAAAUUUUUUAUUUCUAUUUUUUUUUUUCUCAAGAAAAUCGGCUUCUUUUUUUCCCCUUUUAUGGUCCGCCACGUAAUAAAAUUAUGUCGUAAAAAUAAUGUGACUCGUUGGAAUAAUGGUUUUCUUUAGAUUCGUUUUUAUCUCACUUUACUGUAGCUUGACACCUUUUUCAGUGUUCUUUUGUUUAAGUUGUCGCUGUUUGGCAUUGCGAUGAAUUAUUAUUGAUUUUUUGAUUGAAAAGUCAUUUUAUGAUAUAUUCAUUUCUUCCUGAUCAAGGGGAUUCCAUUUAUCGAAAAAAAAACUUCCACUGUGGAAAAAUUAUAUUCGUUUCUCAUAUUAUUUCGUUUACAGCCAAACGAUUUUCAUUAAAAGAUAUCAGACUAGUGAAAUGUGCUACAUGCAAAAGAAUACUCCGGAAAUAAGAAAAACGUAGUUUCUGUAGCGUACAAAAUGGCAUAGCUUUUUCUAUCAAAAAGUCAUUUUUCCACAAAAAAAAAAAUUAAUUCAAAGAACGAGGCGUUCCAUUCGUUUCCUUUUUUUGCUUUUUCUUAUGUUUUUGCCGUCGAUUUGUUUAUUCUACGAGUUUUUUUUUGCCGUGUGAAAAGAGAACGGGUUUUCAGUUUUUUUUUUCUGUCUUUUGGUCGAUUCUUGGAAUUGGCAUAGUGAUUAACGCCUCUGAGAUGACGAAAUUGAAGGUUUUCCCCUGUCGCCGUGUGGGAUUAUCACUUGUUAAGGCGGUAUUACUAGGUUUUCGUUUGCUUAUGCAACUUUGAAAAAUUCACCUGUUGUAUAUGCACUUUUUUCGAUUGAUUAUUUUUUUUGGUUUCUCUUUGAGAAGAAAACAUUCAUUUAUGUCUAGUUUAAGUCUCUGAAAAUGGAGAUGUUAAAAAAUUAUUAUGGUAUACGUAAAUUUUUGAAACUGAACCCUCAGGCCUAAAGUUACAAUUAUUCGUUGAAUUUCCUCAAGUUUGCAAAUUUUUGUACUUUCCUACUGCAAAGCUACCAAUAUUUCAAAACGCAACAAAUAUCCAUUUUUCUCAAAUUACAUGGCUGCUCGGAUUAGAAAAAAUCUUUGCUCAGAUUUUUAAAGGAGCAUGGACAAAAUUUAAAAGGUCUCGAAGGGAAGAGCUUCUUUCAAUGUUAAAUUAUGAUAAUAAUGCACCUUAUGCCGUGUUAAACGCGAAAUAAAAAAAGCCGUCAGAGAAAGAAAAAGAUAACUGAAUUUUGGAGAGUCAGAGAUAGUUUUUCAUUUCGUGGAAAUUACUUUGAACACGGCAUUUGAGAGCUAUCGCAAGACUUUUUUAAACCGAAUAAUUGAAUUCACUCGGAGCAAAACCAAGAAAAAUUUACUCUUUUCUCGAAUUUACACUUUGAUUUAGUAUUUGAACUCGGCUUGGUUCUUACUUGGUUUUUAUUUUUAUUGCAAGGCUCCUCUGAACCCUCUUUUCUUUUUUUUUCUCCCUGCGUAGGCGAUAAAUGCACCUGUUUUUUUUUUAUUGGAUCCGCUUAGUUUUCAUCUGACGCCCACGCUGCCACCAAUAUGAAUGGAAUGGAGUCGGCGCUUUUCUCACAGUUCAUUCAUUCAGUUUUUCGUCCCUUAUUUCUUUCCCGAUUCUUCUUUUUCGGAAGGUUUUUGGGAGGAAACUUCAAAAUUGCCCAUUCCAAGGACGUUUCUUGGCAUUUUUUGAGAGCUUGAAGAGAUAGGAUUUGGAAUUUUCAAACGCAAUUUUUCAAUAUCUUUUAACAAUAAUUUUUUUAAACGCAAACUUAUCAGCAAUUUUUCCCGACUGUCAUAGGUAAAUUGAAGCUGUAAAGUUUUUUUAAAGAUUGAAAGUAUUCUCUCAUUUUUUUCAAAGUUUAUCAGAAUUUUUUAAAUAUUUUUUUAGGUUUUUCCUUUUUGGUUUCAGUAUGUUAUUCGAGCUCAAUAUACUUGUUCUAGUAAAAUUUAUCGACCAGAGCUCAUAUUUCACGGGAAAAAUUCAUCGAACGCCGUUCAAUUUGAUGAGAGGCAGGACGUUUUAUUAUUGUGAUUUUGGGGAGCUUCUCUAGUAUUUUUUUUUUCUGAUUCACACAUUUUUUUUCUUUCUAAAAUAACUUUUUUGUCGCUUUUUUAACUUUUAUCAAAAGUUUUCAUUGUUUUUCGUGUACUUUUACCAAUUUUGAUUAUUUAUUGUACACCCUAUUCGGUGACGUCACCCCUUCGGGUGACCUUAAACCGGUUUUUAUUUUUUCUUUUACCUUCUGGAUGAGCAAAUUAUUAUUAACUAUCCCUCUGAAUUUUUUUAUGACGCGAUUUCAACGAUUUCAUGCGGAUUUAUCGACCGUUUGAAGCUAGGAUAAAAGAUAGGCGAUAAAUUUACAACCUUAUAUACUUUAAAAAAGCUCGAUGAAUGUUACGGAGCGGCUUAGGAAGCUAUCUGAAUGAAUAGGUGACCCGAAAGUGAUAAAAAAAAAACCCCUGUUAUAUUCCAUGUAUGAACUGUGUCCGUAGUACAUUGACCCAUUCCACUUGCGACCAGAUUAAUUUGUGAAAACGAAGAACUUAUUCAUUAUUGUCAAUAAAAAAAAAUCUAUUGCUUAAUUCCAGACAUGCAAAGAGGGGAACCGAUUUUGGUCUCGCCACAAGGUUUCGCCGUCGUCCUUCCCUACGUCAAUCCGCCCCCAGAACCCCUUGAAAUUGCUCCCCAGCCUCCGAAACGCUCCAAGCCUAGGUUUUCAUAAUCUCGGACUUUGAUUAAAAUAAGAGAUAUUGAAGAACGAGACGUUGGCGGAAGCCAUUUUGCGCCUGUUUUUCGCCCAGCGUCUCCGACUCUGAUGACGAGGACCGGACCGAUGGCAUCCAGGUUGGUGGUCUAGUGGCUUGUGGGCUUGUAACUGGAUCGGAGAGUCAAAGGUUCGGAUCCAGAAGAGGAACUUUUGUUGUAGAAAUGAAACUUUUUUUGAAAGGAGAGGCGAUUUUUACGGACUAUUUUCCCGUCAAAAAUUUUCAAAAAAGCAUUUUAAGAGGGUCUCUCGCAACGGGAUGAACAUCGAGGUUCCCAUGGGCCGCCCUUGGUCGAUUUCUUCCGUUAAUGAAGAAGUUCGGAGACGUCUGGCUCUUGCUGGAGUCUUUGGUAGGACUUCCGUCGACGAUUUAAGACAAAAAUAAAUGUCCAGAAGAUCAAUCGAAUCGACCAAAUGUCCAUCGGAUCAUCGAGUAUGGCCGCCAUCUCGUUGGCGACAUCGAUCAGAUCUACGCCUCGACUUAUUAUUGGGGAGUUAUGGAUCGCUACAAAGCGGAGGAGCUCUUAGAGGGAAAGGAGGAAGGUGAGGAUUGGAAAAGUUGAAGAAGGAUAUAUUUUUUGGCCUUGAAAUCUAAAGAACUUGAUCCCGAUAGUUAGGAAAAAAGUUUUUGUAUUUUAAAAAACGGAUAAGUGUCGGCUACUUUCAGCUUUUUUUUCGUAGUCUGACUCGAAAUUUUUAUUUUUAUUUUUUGCAUUAUUGAACUGACUUACUAGUUAGAGGAAAAAAAAGAGAAUUUUUCGGUUUUGCAGGUACUUUUUUGCUGCGCGACAGCGCCCAAGACGACUACCUUUUCUCAGUUUCCUUCCGUCGCUACCAGAGAACUUUGCAUGCGAGAAUCGAGCAGGUUUCUCAUUUUCCAACGGGGAAAAAAUAGUGGAAAGUUUGCUUUUAGAUGAAUCACCGCUUCAGUUUCGACGUCUUUGAUCCCAACGUUUUUUCGUCGAAAAAAGUGACCGAUCUCAUCGAAAAUUACAAGGAUCCGUCCCGGUUCGUUUUUAUUAUUUUUUUUUGAGGACUGGUUUGGAAUUGAAACCCGUUGAAUAUAAUUUUUCAAAGCUAAAAUAGUAGGACUUUGUAUCGAAAUGACGUUGAUGCGAGUUUUAUUGCAAAUAAUUUUGAAAGAAUUGAAUUUGAUAGUACUGUUUUUCACUCCAAAAAAAUUAACAAGUCCUAAAAAAAUCGUUAAUAAAAAAAUUAGGAAUUUGAUUGAAAAUAUGUAAUUCAAGAUAAGAACGCGAUUUUUUUCAAAAAUCUACCCCCUAUUUUUCUAGAACUUUUAUCAUUUCAAGAAAAAAAGUUUAUAAAAAAAGAUGAAAAAAAGCCUUUUUGAAGAUUGUCGGAAUCGACCGAACAGCCAGGCUUUUUCCAGCUUGCCAAGAUAGAGAGAGAGAAAUAAUAAUAAUUUCAUUUUGCACCCCUUGAGAAGCUUCAACGGAGCUUUUCUGCUUUUUUUCUCUAGCAAAAAUUCCGGUACACCCCGAGUCGAACUCUCGGUGCACCCCACAGUGUAACCAGACCCCCUUCUCAAAUGCCUAUUAAGGUAAUCAUUCCGUACACAAUUUUGAAGUGGUUUAUUUUUCAAUCUCACCAUUUACCACAGUUCCAUCCUAGGCUGUUACGGUAGAUCAAAAAAAACUUUUUACUUCCGAUCGGUUGUCUCAGGGGUGCACGCCGUCCAGGAAACAUCAAUGAAAAGUUCACUUUGUUCGGGGUUCACUGCGGGGUACACACUCAUUUUUGUUAGAGUUCUUUCUCUGCAAUUCCCAGUCAAGAUCCUUCUUCCAGGUGCCUGUUCUACGAGCCUCAACUGACGCAUCCGCUGCCUCGCAAGUCCGUUUUCAGCCUCGCCGAACUGUGUCGCGCCAAAGUGCUCAGCAACACGACCUACGACGCCAUUCCCAAGUUGCCCCUUCCCUUCAGCCUCACGAAUUUCCUCCGUCAAUACUACUAUUCUGUCCCUCUCCGUGUUCACGACCUUAAUAAUUGA